UGCUCUGUCUUCCCCUUUGAAUUUCACAGACUAUCUGGAUACACUCUCCAAUAUUGUCUCUGGCUCUGACACAGUGACGUUGCGUAGACAGCUGUUAGAGCCAACGUUUAUCUCAGAAGAUACUUUAUAUGUUGUCCAACCUCGGCGUCAGUCCAAUUUAUCUCAAAAUGUUUCAGUCAAUGCUGGGAUGAUACCCCUUCGACUCAAUGUGGACUGCAUUCAAGGUUUAUCCUUAUGGCGUAAAAGUGCGUCGGUCAUCAAUGAUGAACUAUUUAAGGGUUAUAGACAACGAGGAAGUGGAGGAGGAAAGACAAAUGAAUUUGUUGCAGGUUACGACUUCUUGAACACAAGCAAGGACAGUCUUGACAUUAAUAUUUGGUUCAAUUCUACCUAUAACAGAAAGGUUGCGUAUUCACCCAUUGCAAUAUUACGAGUUCCACGCUUGGUCAACAUGGCGUCCAAUGCAUACAUCAAAUUCCUCAAAGGAAGUGGAGCGAAAAUGUUGCUCGAAUAUGUUAAAGAUAUGCCUAAAGUAGGAUCAAAGUUAAAAGUUCAAAUUAAUUCUAUUCUUAGUACACUAUUAUUCACAUGGAUUGUGGAACUAAUCUUUCCGGUUAUGCUAACAUAUCUCGUGUAUGAGAAGCAACAGAAGCUUAAAAUUAUGAUGAAGAUGCAUGGUUUGAAAGAUGGUCCUUACUGGAUGAUAAAUUAUGCUUACUUCUUCGGUCUAUCAGCUGUCUAUAUGAUAUUGUUUGUCAUUUUUGGCUCCUUGAUAGGUUUGCGUUUGUUUACAAAAAAUGACUAUAGCAUUCAGUUUGUUUUCUACUUAAUACACAUAAAUGUGCAGAUUGUACUUGCAUUUUUCGCGUCAUCCUUCUUUUCUUCUGUCAAAAUAGCCACAGUGGUUGGUUACAUCUAUGUAUUUGGUUCUGGUUUACUAGGGGGGUUUCUUCUGCAUUUUUUCAUUGAGGAUACAAGUUUCCCGAAGGGUUCGAUAGUAGUCAUGCAGAUGAUCCCUGGAUUUUCACUUUACCGAGGAUUAUACGAGUUUAGUGCAUUCUCUGGAAAUGAAAAUGGAACAGGUGGUAUGAAGUGGGCUAAUUUGAGUGAUCCGGUCAAUGGAAUGCGUACCAUAUUGAUUAUUAUGGUUAUCGAGUGGGCAAUACUUCUCCCAUUGGCAUUUUAUUUCGAUAAUGUUUCAUUAUUGGAUGGGAGACUUCGAAAAAGGAUGUUAGUCUUCUUUAAAUGUUUUAGAAUGCGAGCAGUAUCAUUCAAGAGAUAUAGCUUUGGGCGACUAGGAUCUAAUGUACUAGUUGAAAUGGAGAACCCUGACGCUACUCUAGAGAGAGAGGUAGUUGACCAUCUUCUGUUGGAACCUAAUUCAAACUAUGCUACUAUAUGUGAUAACCUAAAAAAGGUGUAUCAUGGAAUGGAUGGGAACCCUGACAAGCUUGCAGUUCGUGGGUUGUCCCUUGCCAUCCCAAAAGGCCAAUGUUUUGGAAUACUUGGCCCGAAUGGGGCUGGGAAAACAUCCUUCAUCAGUAUGAUGACUGGUCUCAUUCCACCCACAUCUGGUACUGCUUAUGUCCAUGGAAUGGAUAUACGGACUGAUAUGGAUGCCAUCUACACAAAUAUGGGUGUCUGCCCACAACACGACUUACUUUGGGAAACAUUAACGGGAAAAGAGCAUCUGUUAUUUUAUGGGAGACUAAAGAAUCUUAAAGGUGUUGAAUUACUGAAGGCAAUUGAUUAUUCUCUGAAGAGUGUUAAUCUAUUCCAUGGCGGUAUCGGCGAUAAGCAAGUGAGAAAGUAUAGUGGGGGCAUGAAACGAAGGCUAAGUGUCGCAAUCUCUUUGAUUGGGGAUCCCAAAGUUGUUUUCAUGGACGAGCCAAGCACUGGACUAGAUCCAGCCUCAAGAAAUAAACUGUGGAGUGUUGUGAAGGAGGCAAAGAAAAACCGAGCCAUUAUUCUUACAACACAUUCAAUGGAGGAGGCAGAGAUAGUAUGUGAUAGACUCGGUAUUUUUGUUAAUGGUGGUUUCCGAUGCAUUGCAAAUCCAAAAGAGGUAAAUUACCCUAUCCGAAGAGAGUGAAUUUUUUGAGCCCCCAUGUAGAUGCACCUCCUAUCUUUGCCAUACAACCUUUUAUAAAGAUUUGCGCUCUCCCACUAUAGAAACUUCUCAUUUUUGGUUGUUCCAAGUAAAAUAACAUUUGAACUUGAAACUUUGCAGGUAAACAACACAUGCAUACUAUAGCCUACAGAAAAUAUUUUAGAUUUUUGGUGCAACAUAGAUGUUGGAUACGAGAGACUUUAGAAUAAUAUUAGCAUUAUAUAUAUAUAUUUCUCGUGCACCCAAAAAUCAGAUAGUUUUUAUGGACGGUGUACUAGUCGCAUGCUCUCUUGCAAAAUUUCAAGUACAAAUUUCUUUUUGGUUGGGAAAAAAGUUCAGACAUAUCUUGAUGCAAAACUGGACACUCUAGAUAAGAGGGGCAGGUACACUGGUAGUGGGCACUCAUUGACAACUUUCUCAGUAUGGAUGUUCGCAAAAAAAAUAGUUUCUCGACAGGGAACGUUGUGACAUUUUUUUCACUAUUCUAAUCUAUUGGACACUUGGAAUUUUUCUAUUGUUAUGUUUUGCAGCUAAAAGCUAGAUAUGGGGGCACCUACAUCUUCACAAUGACAACAUCUUUGGAACAUGAACAAGAGGUUGCCCGGCUGGUUCACCGUUUGUCGCCAAGUGCAAAAAGGAUAUAUCACAUAUCUGGAACACAAAAAUUUGAGCUAGCAAAGCAGGAGGUGAAGAUAGCAAACGUUUUUCAUGAAGUUGAGAGUGCCAAAUGUCGUUUCAA